AUGGACUGUGAAGAAACCGAACACGAAAUUCACGAGGCUUUUGAAAUCAAAGAGGACGACGAGCUCUACACGGUUGACAUUUGCCCAUCCAAGAAACAUGUCAUAUUUGGAGGCAAAAGUGAGACUGCCGAGGUUUACAGCUAUGAAGAAGAGAGAGCUAUCACAAGGAUAGAGGAAUUCUCGGAUUCGGUUAUUUAUGCUAAGUUUGUAUCUGAAAAUCGAUUUGUUAUUGUCACUACGGAUGGGACCAUUGCCCUUAUGGAGCAUAGCGGCGACGUUUGCAUUGUUGAUCUGGAGGAGGAUAUUUCUGUUGCAAAAUUUAGUGAAAAGUUGGUUGUGGGUGCAUCUUCAGGUAGAGUGUAUUUGUACGAUGCAUGCUUAGAACAUAUCAACACCCUUGGUGGGCAUUCAUCUGAAAUAAUCAGUGUGGAUUACAAGGAAGGAAGAAUUUUGAGCAUGUGUGCCAAUUAUCUAAUUGCCCAUGACGAGCAGGGAAGAGUGCUUUACACCUUGAAGGCCAGUGAAGCAUAUGCCUUUAAGUACAUCACGUCCGACGUUAUAUGCUUUGCGAGAGAUGGCAAAAUUCAAAUUUUCAAGCAAACUAGAAAGCUAUUUGAGCAUAAUAUUGAAGAGAGAGUGGAGGACGUUGAAAUUGUUGGUAAAAGCUUAGCUGUAGGAGGAGAAUUUGAUUACAUCUUACUUAUCGACACCACCGGUCACUACGCUACAUUUAAAUUGGAUGUUAAAACGGAGUUAACAUGA